CACAUACAUACAGCCAUUGCAGUACACUGAGAUCCAGCACCAGCCUUUGAGAAAGGAAAGAUGGGUAAAGAUCCUGCGAAGCCACGAGGCAAGAUGUCCUCUUAUGCUUACUUUGUGCAAACCUGCCGAGAAGAGCACAAGAAGAAACAUCCAGAGGCAACAGUCAACUUCUCAGAGUUCUCUAAAAAAUGCUCAGAGCGAUGGAAGACAAUGUCUGCCAAAGAGAAAGGAAAGUUUGAGGACAUGGCUAAACUUGACAAAGUGCGCUACGAGAGAGAGAUGAAGAACUACAUUCCUCCGAAGGGAGAGAAGAAGAAGAGGUUUAAGGAUCCCAAUGCUCCCAAAAGGCCCCCGUCCGCCUUCUUCAUCUUCUGUGCAGAAAAGCGACCUGCAGUCAAAUCUGAAACUCCAGGCCUAUCCAUUGGAGACGUGGCCAAAAAACUGGGGGAGAUGUGGAAUGGCACCGCUGCAGAGGAGAAGGUGCCGUAUGAGAAGAAAGCAGCUAAGCUGAAGGAGAAGUACGAGAAGGACAUUGCUGCCUAUCGUAAAGGCAAAGUUGUAGGGGGUGCUGCAAAAGCCCCUGCAAAACUGGACAAGGUCAAGAAGGACGAUGACGAUGAUGACGACGACGACGAAGAUGAGGAAGAGGACGAGGAGGACGAUGACGAUGAUGAUGAAUAAAUCGUUUGCGUGUUCAUCCACAGGAUCAUUUGUUUAUAAAGCAUUUAACCCCGCUGUGUACACUUUAUUUAGAACAUGAGUUGG